UUUAUUAUAUUUAAUCACAAGAUUUCCGGUUUUCUGAAAAAUUUUGCAGUUGUAGUUGACGUACUCUAAAGGCAUCUUAUUCUGUAUUGGAAGGUCAACACUAACAGACAUUAAAAAUGACGAUGCUUAACAAUUUACUCCUCGUAGUGAUUAUUGCUGUAAAAUGUGUGUUUGCAAGUGAUGCUUCUAUCCCAGCUCUGCUUUGGUCUCCAGAAAGAUCCAUGGCUCAUUUGCCAGAGGUCAUGGCCCAUGAAACUGUCAAUGCUGAUACUUUUUUAAAUAACUAUCUGGACCCUCUAAUGAAAAGUUCUCAAAAUAGUGCUGUAAUAUUUCUUCAGGAUAAACUUCAUGUGGAUGACUUCACAAAAUUUGCUGAUGUCUAUUCAGUUGAUAGUGAUGGUGGUGCUUUUAAGAAUGUCAAACAACUUAUGGAAGACCACUUUUCCCUUGAAUUGCCACAAGUCUUAAAUCCUGAUGAUGCUGUGGAGAAGCUAAAAUCGUUUUUUAAAAAGAUUCAUACAGUGAGCUCCAUAAAGGAUGUUGAAAAUCUGAACCUGUCUGGGGAUGAAAGCUUCUUGCUCAUUGUGAACUUAGAGCCUGUUCACAGUCAGUCAGACCAAGAGAAGGCUUUAAAGCAAAAUGAUGAGACCAUUGGUGCUAUUUCACAUCACCUGCAGAAGCGAAGGAUCAAUUAUUCAGCUUUGUAUACUGCACUAUCAGCUGGUAAAGGCUUGAAUGAACAUGUGGAAUCGUAUGCUAAUAGACAUCUAAUGGCAGAUGCUUCUGCUAAUAACAAUGGUACAUUUAUGAAUGUCUCUGAUGGCAACAUUUAUGUUUUCUUGCGCGGUGCAAAACUGUGCUUAAAGAAAGGCAAAGAGAAUGAUCAUAUUUACACUGAUCCUUGUGACUUGAAUGCUACCCUUGAUGUCAAUGAUAACACUGCCUCUUUCUCUGAAUGGACUAAUAAUACUGCCAAUAUUGUUCUGUUCUUUCCAAAUCAAACUUUUGAGAAUGAAACCUUUAAUGUCCACUUCAGCAUAUUAGCACAAAAAAAGAUUGACAAAUGGAUAAUGGAACAGCUGGUUUUAAAUAUAACUUUUGGCCCUAAGUCAGCUUACAAUACAUCCUUGGAAAAUGCAACUCUCAGCAAAGAUUCACAAGACUUGACCAUUUCAGUCCUGUACUCUUAUCACUGUACUGAGAUGAAAAUGUAUCUUGACUACAUUCAUGACAAGGAACUAGAGUUUUACAAAGGCAGCUAUUUGCUACUAGAUGGUUUCCAGGUUCAGCCCUUCAACAUCCAACAUGAUCGCUUCAGCUAUGCUCAAGACUGUGUCCCUUACUUCACCACUCCCAUUUGGAUGGCCCUCUUCUCAUCGUCAUUCCUGCUCCUCAUCCUGUACUUUGGGACUAUCAUGGUGUUGAAUCUGUCUAUCAUGGACCGGUAUGAUGAUCCCAAGGGAAAAACCAUAGUAGUUAAUGCAGGGGCUGAAUAAUUUAGGACUUUUUAAUUUGACAAUCUGGACUUUUUUUUUUUUUAAUCUUGAUGUUAAUUAAUUUAAUUAGAUUUAUAUGUUGAUUUUUUUAUUAUUAUUGUUAUUAUUUUUUUUUUUUUUGUGUGUGUGUUUAUCUAAUUUAAUCAAGAUUAUAAUCAACUGUCAUAAUGUACUUAGAAGAAAUAAGCUAUUGUCAAUAGAAACUUAAGUGGAUGUAUAGGCAUCUUUUUGAACAAGAUAACAAAUUCAGUGGAGAAAUAUACAAGUUUAAAACAACUAUGGCUGUGAUAGUGUCUAAAAAAUUAUUCAUAAAAUGUCUAAAUUUUUUUUUGUGCAACAUUCCUUUACCAUUAAAAAAAGAGCAAUGCAA